AUGAUGUUCCAGGUGAUGGGAAAAGCACCUCAAAGGCCACUGGAGCUGUGGAGAAUCCUUCAGGAAAUUUCCACCAACAAGUCUGUAAUGUUCCUGGAUGUUUCUGACACAACCAAUGACUCUGCUGUCUUCAUAGCAACAAACUCUCCGGGUGGCCAGGUUGUGACUGAUGAAAGCCUGGCUGCUGGCUCUCCAAAGCCCACCGGUGAGGCCACAGAUGCCACUCUUGCCCUGGCCACUAGCUCUCCAGACUCCUCCAGUGAGGCCGUGGGAUCCACAUUCACCCUGGCCACUGGCUCUUUGGAGCCCACCAGUGGGGCCAUGGAUUCCACUUUUGACCCAGGCACUGACUCCAGUGGGGCUACGGGACCACCUCUCAUCCCGUCCACUGGCUCUCAAGACCUUUCCAAAGGGACCAGUGAACUCUCUGUCUCCAUGGUAACUAGUUCUCUGAAGACUCCCAAGAGGAUCUUUGUCUUGCCCACUGCCCUGGUAGAAAGAUCUACCACCACUUCCUUCAAGGACUCCACAAAGAUAAGCAGGUCGUCCCCAAAUCCAAACAAGGGGGUGAAGGACACCCUGAUACCGGUGAUCGUGACUCUGCUGGUAGUCUUGGUGCUCGUGUUUCUCCUCUUGCUCUGGCGCCAACGGCAGAAGAGGCACACGGGCGUCCUGACUCUCAACGGCGCCACGAAGCGCAAUGGCGUGGAUGCCUGGGCAGGGCGUGCCCCGGUGUUGGUGUCGGGGGAAGAGGUGCUGACGGUCACAGUGGCAGAUACCCAGAAUGACAAAGGCUCGGAGAUUCCCCAGGAGGAGGUGUGUGGCCGGAGGCCUACUCUCACCACGUUCUUCAGCAGACGCAAGUCUUGCCAGGGCUCGGUAGCUCUGGAGGAGCUGGGGCCUGGGGCAGCCCCCGGGCUGAAACCUGAGGAAGAAUCACUGAUAGAUGCAGGUGACAGUGCAGGUGACACCAUGGAGGCCCCCACUUUUGAUGGACUAGAAGCAGGUGGUGGGGAGCCCCAAAGUUCAUGUGAAUAA